UAGUUUCGUUACGCCUCUUUUAAUCUCUCCGCUCCUUCGUAUCCUCCCCUUCCAGUCUUCCACUCGUAAACCACUACCUGCGAUCUCCGCACCCGCGCUCACCGGCUCACCGCUAUCUACUCCGCAUCCGCCGGCCGCCGGCGAGCCCCUCCUCCUCCACGAUCCGUGCUUCCCCGGAGGCAACUCCAUGAAUUACAUCGACUCCAUCCCGCCCCUCAACGGAGGGAAUUACGAGUUAUGGCGAGAGAAGCUUGAGCUGGCGCUUGCGUUGUUAGAUAUUGAUCUGGCUAUCACUGAUCCCUGUCCCAUCGCUCCGGUAGACCCGGUGCAGGAAGAGAACGAGAGCGAUGAUGAUUUCAACGCUCGUGUGCGCAAUCAUGCACCAAUAAAAAUGAAGUAUGACCUAUACAAGGUAAAAUGGGAUCAAUCGAACCGCAAGUGUCUGAUGGUGAUUAAGAGCUCUAUUAUGGAUACAAUCAGGGGAGCAUUCCCAGCAUGUACCACCGCUACAGAGUAUCUUAGUAAGGUGGAGAGUCACUUUACUAUCUCUUCAAAGGCUUAUGCAUGCACAAUAAUUGAAAGGCUACUUACCGAUAAAUACACUGGCGGUGGAGUAAGAGAGCAUAUAUUGAAGAUGGCCAGCAUGGCUUCCAAGCUUAAACCUAUGGAAAUGGCGCUCCCAGAUGAGUUUCUGGUCUAUUUGAUUUUUGCCUCUCUGCCUAAAGAAUUUGAAGCUUUUGAGAUUAAUUAUAACUCACAACCAGACAAUUGGGGCAUUGAGAAACUGAUUGCCAUGUGUGUGCAAGAAGAGGAAAGAAUUAAGGCUUCACGUGGUGAUUCUAUCAACUAUGUUGGGAUAUAUAAGGCACAUGGCAAGGCUCCACAGAAUGAUCACCAUCUGAAAAAUAAAGAGGUGGACAAGAAUGAUUGCUACUGGUGCGAAAAGUCAGGGCAUCAUCAGAAGGAUUGUCCAUCCUUCCUGAAGCACUUGAUCAAUAAAGGGAUUCCAUACGAGGAGGACCCUUCAAAGAGGAGAAAGAUGCAUUAAAGUCGUCAAUGGUGUUGAUGAUGAAGUUGAAGUGAUAGAACUUCCAUUAUUAUUGAAUAAUAGCUUCAUUCUUCACUUGAAUAAUGUUCUCUAUGUAUCAUCUUUCCUGUCAUGCGAAUUUAAGCUCUCUAAUUUAUUAGAAAUAGAAAAAUAGAUCCUUUCAUGUAAUGAUAUCGUGAUAUUCCAUGUUACUCCUUUUUUGGGUCGAUGUAGAGACCUCCAUUGCAUA